AUGUCCUUCUACGAAGUCCAGGGCAAAGUCGCCCUCGUCACCGGCGCCGGCUCCGGCAUAGGCCACAGCCUGACCCAGCUACUCCUCGAGGCAGGCUGCUCCGUCGUCAUGGCCGACCUCCGCCUCCGCCCGGAAGCCGAGGCGACCCUCGCCCAGCACCGCGGCCCGCCCUCCCCGUCCGCCAACGGCCCCGCCUCCGCGCACUUCCACCGCACCGACGUCGCCGACUGGGCACAGCUGCAGUCCCUCUGGGAGACGACCCUCGCGCUCUUCGGGCGCGUCGACAUCGUCGCCGCCGUGGCGGGCAUCUACGAGCCCCCGGAGAGCAACUUCUGGUACCCGCCCGGCGUCUCAGCGGAGUCUGGGGACCCUGCCGACGCGGCCGUCGGCCAGUACCGCAUCAUUGCCGUCAACCAGGUCGCGCCGAUCCGGCUGGCGCAGAUAGCCACGGACUACUGGACGCAGAACAAGCAGGUGCAGGGCAACUUUGUCGCUGUGGCGAGCGUCGGCGGGUACGUCCACUCGUUCGAGACGCCGCUGUACAUGUCGAGUAAGGCCGGGCUCGUGAGCUUCGUCAAGUGUAUGGGCGGGUUGAGGGAUAUCUGCGGGAUCAGGUACUCUGCCAUAUGCCCGGGAGCAGUCCUUACACCCAUCUUCGAGCCCGAGUGGAACAGGAAGGUAACCAAGGACGACGUGCACAUGACGGCGCGCGAGUGUGCCGCCAUCGUCAUGCGCGUGAUGCAGGAGCCCAAGUACGGCGCCGGCAGCGUGGUCGAGACGCAGAAGAUCGGUACCCACGAGAAGUCCGAGAUUACCGUGAGGGAUGUGCCGCUGGAGGCGUUGUAUCCUGAGAUUCCAGAGGAGCAGAAGCAGAAGGUGAUUGAGGGGGCGCAGAGGACGGCGAGGAGGAUUAUGCAGCAAGGGAUGCGGGCGCCAUUUGAGGGCAAGUGA